AUGACUUCUUUCCUGAAGAAGUUUCAGAUGCAAAAGAAGAAGGGCGCGGACAGCAGCGAGUCCAGGCCUGAGGACCAGCAGCAGCAGCGGGAUGUCCGCGAGGCCCACUUCUCGGGCUACCAGCCGUCCACUUCUGCCCUGGACCCGGCCAACCAGAGGACCUCGCAGCUCUUGCCGCUGCUGGUUAAACCUCCUGCAGUGUCUGCUGACACCAAGAAGAAGGCGCAGGCGCUGGUGCUGCCCGAACUGGUGCAGCGUCAGCCCAAAAAGGCUUCAGGAGUGACAAGCAGGACAGAAGAAAAGCACCUGCAUAGAACUCCGGCCGAGAUGGCAAAAGAUCAGGUCGCAUUGACGAAGGAGAAGAUGAAGAAAGGCGGCAGCGUUCCUGUGAAGAAGAAGCCGCCUGAGAGCGCCAUGCCUGUGUAUCCAGAACUUUCUGAUGAACAAUUCAGAUUUCUCUGGGAGAAGAAGACGCUGAGAGGGAGAACUCUCAAAGAAUCUCUGGAGAUGAUGGAUGAGAGGGAAGUUCUCGACACCAUCCUGGCUUAUCUCUUCCAGUCUCUCCAGAUUCCCCUUUAUAAAUAUUAUGGGGUAAAACUGCGAGAUUCAAAGCACGAAGAUGUUGUCAGUGAAUAUUUGCUGAUGCUUCUACGUUUGGCACCAAAAGAUGAAGCAGACAGAGAGGGAAUCGCGGAAGCCAUUGGCUUAGUUGCGUUUUGCCACUUGACUGAGACCCUGGUUGUGCUGAGAGAGUAUGGUCACAUGAUACCAGGAAGGAGAUCUAUGCAAUCAGAACCAUCUGAGUCAAGGAAUAUCUCCGAGAGGCAGAUUCGAACCACUGUGAUAUUAUGCUACGGACAAGCGGCCUUGGGGGCAAAACCGGAGGAGAUGCUGACGUUGUUGGAGUUCAUUGUGUCAGAGAUCCUCUUUCAGUUCCGUGGCGAAAACAAGGAUGUGGCAAUGAAGAAAGUCUUCAUGAGAUCUGUGAUCAUGAUCAGCAAAGCACUUCUGCGCACAAAGAGAGAAGACGCCCAUAUCCCCCAUAAAUGUGAAAUCGCCUUAUGCAUUACGAGAGUUAUUGAAGAAGAGCCGCUGGGAUCAUUCUCCGUUGCUAUCCUCCAUCAGGCCAUGAUAACAGUCACCUGCAUGACUUCCUUGAGGCCGUCACUGGACUCGGAGGUGAGGUCUGAGCUAGUGAACAGAAGCGUCAAGAAGGUGUUCUCUCUGCCCGCCUUGAAUAUGACAAAGCUGAAAGCCGGCAGUCCGAUGCAUCCGGUCCAAACGCAGGAUUAUUACCACCAGACUGUCACUGCCUGCCAGAACAUGCUCACCGGCUUGGUGUCCGAAACUCCCAGUUUGGAGUCGCUGCAGGAUAUAUUGAUACACACAAAUGGUUGGAUUGAUUCCCCAAAGAUCUAUGAACGGGAACGGGCUGUGAGGAGCACGAGACACCUGUUAAAGUUUGUUGCCGAACAUCUGAAUUUUGAUAUGACGCCAGAAUUCUUCCUGCUUGGACAGCUGGUGUCGCUACUGGCCCUUCACAUUGCUGACCACAUGAAGGAGAUUGCGCAGGCCUCAGCGGAGGCAAUUUACUAUCUCCACUACAUUAUCAUAAGCAAAAUGGCCAAGGAUAUGGAGAAGAAACCCAAGAAUAAGAAAGGGAAUAUUGUGAAAUGGCUCCGAGAAGAUUUUUUCAUUUCCGGCCCCAUGACCUUUUACAACAAUAUCUCUAAAGUGGCAAAGGCAUUUGGUGAACAUCUCUCCAACGCUCACAUCACAGAGAUUGUGCUCAAUGCGAUAGACAAUGUCACAAACGAAGACAAAGGUUUUUCUCAGGCUGCAGGAGUGCUGCUGAGCUCCUUCCUGGAGGAAUGUGGAAAGGACAUGGAGGAUCUGCCCAUGAUAGUCAAGGAAAUUUACACCCAUCUCUCCAAGAUCAAAGACCCUUUUACUAAGGAAGAGACGAUGAAGGCGUUGCGCAGCCUAGCCGCAAAGCGUCUAAACGGAGUGGUAGACGUCCUCCUGGAAUGCUCGGUGGAAUGCGAUGACAGUGUAGCGGAGAUGUGGAAGGCGUUGGUCUGCGACCCGUAUUCCAACGUCAAGCUGAUAAGACCUCUGCUCAAAAGGCUGCAGGACGAAGGCCCGGUUUCUGAUGUCACUUAUAGGCGGCACAGCAAGUCUCAGAUGCCACUGGCGGCCACCAACGCUUUGUGUCUUAUCCUGUCCUUACCGGAGGCUGCGGAGGCCCUUCAGAAUAAAUUCCCCCACCUGCUGAUUGCCCUGGUCACCCAGAUCUAUUUUGUUCUUGGGACAAGCAGGAGAGGAUCCAAGAGGCCAAGUGUCAUCUCCGACAUUUUUGUUCAUCCCACCCCAUUGAGCACCGCCGUGCAAGCUCUGAAAAACCUGAUUACGUGCGCCGGCUACAUCAGGGAAUACAACGUUCUGGGGAUGCAAGGCUGCUGGGACUUGCUGUCGAGUCCCGAGAACUUCUUCGAAGGCAUUUUCCAUCUGGUUAGGACCUUGUUUACAUUCACCAAAGUGCACCUCAAAGUGACCUUCAAACAGGCCAACGCGUACUUGCGCCAUUCUGACUUCAAGGAGAGGAUAGUCGGGAUGGCUUUCUUCACCGAGCUUCUUGUUCACCCAGAGGUCAGCCUCUUUUUUGUGAAGCAAGACAUCUUGGACGUCCUCCGCGACUGGAUGACACAAGCCUCCCCCAUCAUGCAGGUCUUCAGCAUUCGAGGGCUGGGAUACCUCUUGCAGCAACCUCUUGAGGACGAGGUUUUGGAGCCCUUCCUCUCUCCUCUGAUAAGCUGCGCUUUCGAUCCAGACAGAAACAUGGCCAAAGAGUCUAUUAGGACCCUCCAGUACAUAUUCCAAUACCUGGAUGUGGAGGAAUAUGGCUUUACGGGGACCAGCCUGAUCCCACACCUCAUGAGUUAUUUCAACGACGAAGACAAUGACCUACGACGUUCCUCCAUCGUUGUUUUUGGGACACUGCUGAAGGGGGUGAAAGAAAACCACCAAAACAGUGUAGCAGAAGACGUUCUCAGAAGCCUUGUUCCCCUCUUAAUCCAGUUGACUGAUUCUUGGACCAGAGAAGCCUCUCAGGUUGCACUUUACAACUGCGCCAACUUCAUGAAAUGGGGAGACAUUCCCAAGGACCUUUUUGAUUACGGAUUGCACGCCACAAUCUACAGCACAUACUUAAACAUCAGCAGAUACAUUAUAUGGAGAUAUACACACAAGCUUUCAGAAAUGCUGGGUCAGAUGGUCCAGUACCUGAACAGCAGAAAUCCUCCCUACCGAGAAGCCGCGGCGAUAUUGAUAGCAUGCAACGCACGGCAUAUGAUACCAGAUGUGGUGACUUCAAAAGAAGUUGAAACAAUUUUUCUGGCACUCCGAGAGCUUCAGGACGACUGUGACCCUACCGUGGCCGACGCUGCCGUCGAAGCCCUCGUGGAAGUGUUUCGGCACUGCGGGUACCGCAUCAGCCCACACGUCAUCCCCAGUCAGCUCAUGGCCACGCUGAGAAAAAACAUGGCGAAGCAGCCCUUUGAGGACAGACACUGA